UAUCAAAAUACCUAUCUCAUUUUACUGAUUUUCGCGUCACUUCUCAAUCUUGUUCACGUUCUGAAUCUCGAUUGAAUUUAUGGAGAAUCUUGCUCCUUCCCACGGCUAGGGUUAGGGCUUUGCCGCUAGUGCUUCCUUUUAGGAUCGGUCGUUAGGACAUCUCGAGCAUCCGGUGAUAGCUUGCUUGGGCCUAUCUUUUGUCUUUGUAGUUUCUCCAAUGAAAGUUUCGGUAAUCCGCUGAAGUAAAAGGGAGAAAAUGGGAUUCGUUUUAUAUGAUUCGGAGGUAUUUUGAUUGUAUUUUCGACCUAUGUUGAUUGAUACGCAGAACAAGAUGAAUGGAGAGGAACUGACCGAGCAAGAAACAGCGUUGUACGAUCGCCAGAUACGUAUAUGGGGUGCGGAUGCACAACGGAGGCUGAGCAAGUCUCAUAUCUUAGUUAGUGGAAUAACGGGCACCAUUGUUGAGUUCUGUAAGAAUGUUGUCUUGGCUGGAAUUGGCAGUUUAACUUUAAUGGACGACCGCCUGGUAUCGGAAAAAGAUCUCUUGGUGAAUUUUUUGAUCCCUCCUGAUGAAGAUAAAUAUAAAGAGAAGACUAUUGCUGAAGUUUGUUCUGAUUCUUUGCGAGAUUUUAAUCCAAUGGUCAGUGUUUCAUUUGAAAAGGGUAGCUUAUCUGGCUGUGAAGAUGGUUUCUUUGAUAAGUUUGACACUGUAAUCAUCGGUAGAUGCUCUCUCAAUAACAAAAAAGAGAUGAACAUCAAAUGCCGCAAGCGACAAAAGAAGAUUGCAUUUUAUACAGUCGACUGUAGGGAUUCAUGUGGCGAGAUUUUUGUUGAUUUGCAGAGUUGCAAAUACCAGAAAAAAACUGUGGAUGGUACAGCUGAGUGCUUCAUGCAGUAUCCAAGUUUUGAGGAAGCAAUUUCUGUGUCCUGGAGCAGUCUUCCUAAGAAUGUAUCGAAAAUGUACUUUGCAAUGAGAGUAAUUGAAAAGUUUGAGCAAGAUGCUGGACGAAACCCUGGUGAGACAUCAUCAGAAGAUCUUCAAAAACUUCUUGAAUUCUGGCAAAAUAUGUGCCAAACGAAUUCACUGAAAGAGUCUCUUAUACCAGUAGCUCUUUUAGAAAGACUGUUGGUGUUCACUGAAGAACACCCUCCAGUAUGUGCAAUUAUUGGAGGCAUUCUUGGCCAGGAAGUCAUCAAAGCAAUUUCAGGGAAGGGAGAGCCACUCAAGAAUUUCUUCUUUUUUGAUGCUGCAACUGGGAAGGGUACAAUAGAAGAUAUAUCCCCUAGAACUGAUGGCUAAGACCUUAGGCGAAGUAGCCAAACCAUAAGCAACGGUAUGUUUCUGAAUCUGGAAGGCAUCAAAUAGUUUCACAGAUGGGAAUGGUACUUAUGUUGUUGUUUCUGAAGGCUUGAUCUUAGGGUUUUCGUCCUCGAUAACUUUUCUUGAUGACCGCUGCUGAAUUUGUGGAACCAAUCUCUGUUCAAAGUUAACGUAUAUGUCAAUCUGCUGAACUUUGUAGUCACUGAGCCUGAAACUUGUUCUGUAAUGUUAACAUCAAAAUUCCCAAGUACGUAAUUGUCUGAGCAGAUGAGUUGCAUUGCAAGCUUUUCUGUGGCAUAAUCUGGUGGAAGACGCAUCAUCAAUGUUUGAACUAAUCAUUGAAGAACUGACUUUUUGUGUUGGUUGGAUUGCGUUACCCGACCCAAUUUGCAUAAACAGUUUUUCAUGUAUUUAUAUGAUGUUGCCAACAUCCAUCGAAGAUUAUUUUA